AAACAAUAUUUUUCUAAUGAAAGUUAGAGAUCUCUAUUGGUAGUUGCUGCUUGUAAGACUAAAACAUGUCAUGUGCACUGCAAGUUUUACAUCUGACCUUUGGAAGGGAUAGUUUGACAAAUUCUGUGGCUUGUUCAUCAAAUAAUUUGAUUGUGCGGAUAGCAUAACGAAACACCGAAAGCUAACAUAAUUCUUUUGAAAGUUAGAAGUACAAUGUAUUACAGUUUAAUUUAGCAAUGAUGUUUCGUGCUUAAAAGUUAGUUACUCUGUUAAUGCAAAAAAUUUAGUGCACAGAAACAGUGUAAAUGCAUUAGUCCACUCAAGUAGUUUGUGCUGAACAUCUUCUUGAUAUUUGAAUGCGUUAUCUGCUAAUGAAGUGUUGAUCUUUUUCUCUAUACUUGAAGUACAUGAUCAGAAUCUUAAAAAUAUCACUUUUAAUUCUACUUUUUUUUUUUUAAUUUAAAGAUAAAUCUAAUUUCUUUUUUAACAUGAACUUUCAUGACAUGCUAAUUACUUCCUUAUGUGCGGCCAGAUUUUGAACUUUCUUGAUCUUGUUGUUACAAAUGGUACUGUGAACAAUUUACAAUAUUGUUGAAAGACUAAUUUAGUUUGUCUGCUCUUGCUCUUUUCUGUAAUUUUUAAGGAUUAGGUUCUGAGAGUUGUGUGUGUAAUUUUUGAUGUAUUUAGUUAGUGAGAACUAAUUGUUGAGACUCAAGUCUAGCUGAAAGAAGAAAAAAAACAUCUUAAAAAAGAAAGGAAGUCGUUUCCCUUCUUAUGUCUUAGCCAAACAUACCCUGCAUUGGUCAAUUCUUGACAUUUGAAAUACGCUAACUAGACAUGGGGAACAAGUUUGAACUUGGAAUGACAACUCAAAUUCAAACUUUUUUUUUUAAUAAAAACGGUUAUCAGUUACCCAUUUUUGUCAAAUUAGGUCAGUUAUGGUUUGAACCCCAGACCUCUUACAGCAACGCUCACACUUGAGCUAGAAGUCCUCAAUCUCUUUUGUGAUGUAUAGGUCUACUUUUGGUUGCAUGUAUUAAAAAAGAAUGGAUUAGUUUGUCCUUGAAUGAAGAGAGUGAUGACUGUAAACCUUAUUUAUUAUUAUUAUUUAAAUCCUCUUUUUCUUGAUUUUGGUCAACGAUCUGAAUCCUGUGGAUUUAUUUCCUGAAUCAGGAAAUUGAUCACAGCUGUAUAUAGGGAUCAAUUUUGUGUUAAUACCAAAUAUUAUGUAUAUCUUUUCUUUCUAGAAAUAGAGGAUUAUAAUUUUGUUUUUCCUAGAAUUAGCUAAUUGUAUAUUUGUUUGUUUAGAUUUAUUUUUUCCUUUUAGGCUGUAUAUAUAUUCCCUCAUUGGAGAUAAUAAAAUAAGAUAAAUAUUCAAAAAUUCACAUGGUAUCAGAGCCAUAAUUUUCCUAGGGUUUCAAUAUUUUUCUUUUUCCUUUUUCUCUUCUUCGUGUGUCCAUUAUUGUCUACCAUGGCUGUUGAAAAAGAAAGCUUCAUCUCAGAGGUAACCUCCAAGACAUCCUCAUCAGAUCAGUCCCUCUCUACUCCAGCUCUCUCUCACAGCAAUGAAGCUGUCUCUCUGGUUACCAGCCACAAAUUCAAUAGACACAACUAUCAUAUUCAAGUUCUGAAAAUACCUCAGAACUCUUUGCUAUCGAAGCUGCCUUGUAUGAUCUCCUCCAAGAUGAUACCUCUGUCACUCAAUAUUUCAACACUUCAACACUCUCACAUGCUAUUGGCAGCAGCUGGAUCUAUUUGAAGAAUAUGCCUGGAAGUGUACUGAUGAUACUACCCUCUACCCUACCCUUGUGGAGAAAAAUAGGACUUUCAAAUUUCCUCAUGGCCUUAACAAAAAUCUCGAUGUAGUUCGAAGUCGAAUCAUGAGCACCAAGCCCCUUCCUAAGGUCAAGGAGGCAUUCUCUGAAGUUUAUCAUGAAGAAAGUAGGAAAAAGGUUAUGAUGGGCUCUCCAACUCUACUUUCAGAUCAGGAAUCAUUUGCCCUUGCUGCCCGAGGGCAGUCUCGUGGUGCAAAUCCUGAUAAUCGUCAGAAUAAGGGAUGUCAUUGGUGUGAUCAUUGCCGAAAACUUGGACACUACAGUGAAACAUGCUGGAAAAUCCAUGGAAAGCCUCCAAAUUGGAAGCCCAAGUCAUGGGGUGAUCGUGAGAGUCAAGGGAAUGUUGCUGCCACUACUAGUUCUACUGCUGAAGGGAAUAAAGAUGCAUUUGAAUCAGCUCCAUUUACUAAAGCUCAGCUUGAGGCCCUUCAAAAGCUUCUAAGUCAGUCCUCCAAUCAGCCAAAUGCUACUCAGGGUACUAGAAUGUUGGCCAUGAGAGGACUUGGAUUCGGGGAAGAGGAUUGGUAGUGCUGAGAUGUGUUCGGGUCUUUAUGUUUUACAGUAUGAAAUUCCAUCCACUAGCACAAUCCAAAAGUUCAGUUUGUUUUCUUUGAAUAAUCAAUCUAUUUCUUAUUCUAAUAAAGAUAGUGAUAUUAUGUUAUGGCACUAUCGUCUUGGUCAUCCAAAUUUUUUAUAUCUGUCAAAAAUGUUUCCUUCUUUAUUUAUUAAUAAAAAUCCAAACUCUUUUUGUUGUGAAAUCUGUCAAUUUGCAAAACACACUCGCAAUAGUUAUUCUAGAUUAUCAUAUCAACUAUCCAAACCUUUUUCAUUCAUAGUGAUGUAUGGGGACCUUCACGUGUAAAGACUAUAACUGGAAAAAGAUGGUUUAUAUCAUUUAUAGAUGAUCACACUAGAUUAACUUGGGUAUUUCUUAUGAAAAAUAAAUCAGAAGUGAGUGAGAUUUUUCAGCGCCUUCAUUCUAUGAUUCAAACUCAGUUUCAAACUAAGAUUCAAAUUCUCAAAACUGACAAUGCCAAAGAAUUUUUUAAUUAUGUUCUAGGUCCCUAUAUGAUACAACAGGGCAUUAUUCACUUAAGUUCUUGUGUUGACACUCCUCAGCAAAAUGGAAUUGCUGAACGCAAAAAUUGACAUCUUCUUGAAGUUGCUCGAUCUCUCAUGUUUGGGACUCACGUUCCCAAAAUUUUUUGGGGUGACGCAGUUCUUACUGCUGCCUAUCUCAUCAAUCGGAUGCCAUCUAAAGUUCUCAAAUUUAAAAUUCUGUGUCAAACUCUUUUGCAACUAUUCCCUCAUGCAAGGUUCAUUAGCUUUGUUGAGCCUAAGAUUUUUUGUUGCACUGUUUUUGUCCAUCUCUGUUCGCAACAUCGCAGUAAGUUGGACCCUAAAUCUAUCAAAUGCAUAUUUAUUGGUUAUUCA